AUGCUAUCAGUCCAGAUACUUCUCGCUGGUCUAGCCCUCGCAUCGGCAACUCCCACAGGGCUGAAUGCUCUUGUUCCUCGAUCCUUGAUAUCUACCAACGGUAUCUGCGGAGCCUUCAACGGUACUGCCACUUGUGCCGGUAGUGCUUUCGGCAACUGCUGUUCCCAGUUUGGCUGGUGCGGUAGCAGCACUGCUUACUGCGGCAGUGGCUGUCAGUCCAACUACGGGACUUGUGGAGUUUCAACCACACUUGCCUGGAAGAGUGUGGGCUGUUACUCUGAUAGCACCUCAGCGCGCGCACUGAAUACUUCCGUCCUCAACCCGGGCGGCACCGUCGAGACAUGCCAGUCUACCUGCGAGGCUCAGGGCUUCACCUAUUCCGGUAUGGAGUACGGUGCCCAGUGCUUCUGCGGAACCGCCAUCUUGAACAAUGCCGCUGUAAUUGAUCCGUCCAAUUGCAACAUUGCCUGCCCUCAGAAUGCCGCCGAAGUAUGCGGUGGAUCGAACGCCAUCAGCAUGUACGCGGCCGUGCCUGUUUGGCAAAGCGUCGGCUGUUACUCUGAUACCACUCUCAAACGCACUCUUGCUCAAUCCUUCAACAUUGCGGGAAACACAGUCGAGAAGUGCCAGGCAAUUUGCCAGCAGAACGGCUAUAUCUACGCAGGUAUGGAGUAUGGUACGCAGUGCUUCUGUGGAAACAGCAUUGACAAUGGGGCUUCCCUGACUUCUGCCUGUGGAACUGCCUGUCCCGGAAACUCGGCUGAGAUCUGUGGAGGCGCAAAUGCGUUGAGCAUGUAUUAUCUGUUUCAGUGA